UUCAUCUUGUCUAUCUUUCUGUGAAUGUGGUUUUUGUUCCACAGGCUGCAGGAUUGUAGUUCUUCUUGCUUCUGCUGUCUGCCCUCAUCUGGUGGAUGAGGCUAAGAGGCUUGUGCAAGUUUCGUGAUGGGAGGGACUGGUGGUGGGUAGAGCUGACUGUUGCUCUGGUGGGCAGAGCUCAGCAAAACUUUAAUCUGCUUGGCUGCUGAUGGGUGGGCCAGCGUUCCCUCCCUGUUGGUUGUUUGGCCCGAGGCAACCCAACACUGGAGGCUACCUGGGCUCUUUGGUGGGGCUAAUGGAGGACUCUGGGAGGGCUCAUGCCAAGGAGUACUCCCCAGAACUUCUGCUGCCAGUGUCCUUGUCCCCACAGUGAGCCACAGCCACCCCCCGCCUCUGCAGGAGACCCUCCAACACUAGCAGGAGAAGGGAGCAUUGACCUUUCCUUCAUCAGGCCAAAGAUGCCUCUCUUUGGGAGUACAUUCAGUCCGAAGAAGACGCCCCCUCGGAAGUCUGCGUCUCUCUCCAACCUGCAUAAUUUGGAUCGGUCGACCCGGGAGGUGGAGCUGGGCCUUGACUAUGGAAUGCCCACCAUGAACCUGGCUGGGCAGAGCCUGAAGUUUGAAAACGGCCAGUGGAUAGCAGAGACAGGGAUUAGCGGAGGCGUGGACCGGAGGGAGGCCCAGCGCCUCCGGAGGCGGAACCAGCAGCUGGAGGAAGAGAACAAUCUCUUGCGGCUGAAGGUGGACAUCCUGCUGGACAUGCUCUCUGAGACCACCGCCGAAUCCCACUUAAUGGAGAAGGAGCUGGAUGAACUGAAGAGUGUCAGCCGGCGGAGAAAAUGAAGACCCCAAAGACACCCGUUAGGAGCACAGGGGGAAACCCAUUCAUCAGAAGAGGAGGAUGUGGCUGAGGGAAUUUUUAACCAAACUAGUGGAUUAGGUCCUGGGAGAGUAUCAUAUAAUGGGGCCAAAGGCACUGGCCCCCUUAGGUCGACAGUAGGAAGGUGACAGCGUAGUGGAUUCCAGGCCAGUCCUGUGCUUCACAGCAUAAGGAGGCCUCCUCAGGGAGGUCUGGGGUGACGGAGGCCUUUGGGUGUUCUCCAGUCACUUAACACACAAAUGCCCGCAGCCCAGGCUCACCCUCAUCGGACGGAGUUCGUCGUAUCAUCCCCUCACACUGUUGUGUGUGGUGCGGCAUCAGGUGUACAGAGCCUUGUUGUUAGGGGUCUCAGAUAAGGAGCCCUCCUGGUUCUCUGCCCUUCAGGCCACUCUCUCCCUCCUUUAAAGAACACGCGUUCCCCAAAUCCACAGCCUCCUCUGGCUUCAGCUUCUCAGCAGCAAGCACCGACCUCCCACGGCAACACUAUAUUUUUGUGCUACUUUCCUGUUUACCGUACUUUUUUAAAUUAAAUGAUGUUCUGUAAUCUC